AUGAGCAAUCUACCCCCAACUUUUGGUUCCACUAGACAAUCUCCAGAAGACCAAUCACCUCCCGUGCCCAAGGAGCUGUCAUUCAAUGGGACCACACCCUCAGGAAAGCUACGCUUAUUUGUCUGUCAGACAUGUACUCGAGCAUUUGCUCGUCAGGAACACUUGAAACGACACGAAAGGUCUCACACCAAGGAGAAACCUUUCAGCUGCGGCAUUUGUUCUCGUAAAUUCAGCCGUCGAGAUCUGUUAUUGAGACAUGCCCAAAAACUGCACAGCAACUGCUCUGAUGCGGCCAUAACAAGACUAAGGCGCAAGGCAACUCGUCGGUCUUCUAAUGCCGCGGGUUCCAUAUCUGGUUCUACUCCGGUGACAACGCCAAAUACUAUGGGUACGCCCGAAGAUGGCGAGAAACGAAAAGUUCAGAAACUGGCCGGCCGCCGGGACUCAAAUGAACAGAAACUGCAACUGCAACAACAACAUCUACAGCAACAACCACAGUUGCAAUACCAACAAUCUCUUAAGCAGCAUGAAAAUCAAGUCCAGCAGCCUGAUCAAGAUCCAUUGAUAUCCCCGAGAAUGCAAUUAUUCAAUGAUUCCAACCAUCACGUAAACAAUUUGUUUGAUCUUGGACUAAGAAGAGCUUCCUUCUCCGCCGUUAGUGGAAAUAAUUAUGCCCAUUAUGUGAAUAAUUUUCAACAAGAUGCCUCUUCUACCAAUCCAAAUCAAGAUUCAAAUAAUGCCGAAUUUGAGAAUAUUGAAUUUUCUACCCCACAAAUGAUGCCCGUUGAAGAUGCUGAAACUUGGAUGAACAACAUGGGUCCAAUUCCGAACUUCUCUCUCGAUGUGAACAGGAACAUUGGUGAUAGCUUUACAGAUAUACAACACAAGAAUUCAGAGCCUAUUAUAUCCGAACCGCCCAAGGACACCGCUCCAAACGACAAGAAGUUGAAUGGCUACUCUUUUUACGAAGCCCCCAUCAAGCCAUUAGAAUCCCUAUUUUCUGUCAGGAAUACAAAGAGAAACAAGUAUAAAACAAAUGACGACUCUCCAGACACCGUGGAUAAUAACUCCGCACCGGCUGCUAAUACCAUUCAAGAACUUGAGUCUUCUUUGAAUGCAUCCAAGAAUUUUUGCUUGCCAACUGGUUAUUCCUUCUAUGGUAAUUUGGACCAACAGACUUUCUCUAACACGUUAUCAUGCACUUCUUCUAAUGCCACAAUUUCGCCCAUUCUACUCGAUAACUCCAUUAAUAAUAACUCCACUAGUGACGUGAGACCAGAAUUUAGAACACAAAGUGUCACCUCUGAAAUGAGUCAAGCCCCUCCCCCUCCUCAAAAAAACAACUCGAAAUAUUCCACCGAAGUUCUUUUUACCAGCAACAUGCGGUCGUUUAUUCACUACGCUCUUUCCAAGUAUCCUUUUAUUGGUGUGCCCACUCCAACUCUUCCGGAGAACGAAAGACUAAAUGAAUAUGCUGAUUCAUUCACCAACCGUUUCUUAAAUCAUUAUCCUUUCAUACAUGUCACGAUUCUCAAAGAAUACUCCCUUUUCAAGGCAAUUUUAGAUGAGAAUGAGUCGACUAAGAACUGGGAAAAUAAUCAGUUUUACUUAGAGAACCAACGAAUAUCAAUUGUUUGUCUUCCUCUUUUGGUGGCUACGAUAGGUGCAGUACUAUCAAACAACAAAAAGGAUGCUUCGAAUUUAUACGAAGCUUCAAGGCGUUGUAUUCAUGUUUACUUAGAUUCCAGGAAAAAGAUACCCACUUCCUUGUCCGCAAAUAACAAUGACUCUCCACUUUGGCUAAUUCAAUCCCUGACGUUAUCUGUUAUGUAUGGGUUAUUUGCGGACAAUGACAUUAGUUUGAAUGUCGUGAUCAGACAAGUUAACGCACUUAAUUCUCUGGUCAAGACUUCGGGCCUGAAUAGGACCUCAAUUAUAGAUCUUUUCAACAUCAACAAACCUUUGGAUAAUGAACUCUGGAAUCAAUUCGUGAAAAUAGAGUCCACCGUAAGGACAAUCCACACGAUUUUUCAAAUCAGUUCCAACUUAAGCGCCUUGUACAAUAUUAUUCCAUCGUUGAAAAUUGAUGACCUAAUGAUUACUCUACCAGUUCCCACAACACUUUGGCAAGCUGAUUCUUUUGUGAAAUUCAAAAGUCUAAGUUACGGAAAUCAGAUCCCUUUUCAAUAUACAAGAGUACUACAGAAUUUGAUUGAUUACAAUCAGCCAUUGAGCGAUGGAAAAUUUUUGUAUGAAAACCAUGUAAGUGAGUUUGGACUCAUAUGCCUACAGAAUGGUCUACACCAAUACAGCUAUUUCCAAAAAUUGACUGCUGUCAAUAACAGAGAAGAUGCGCUAUUCACAAAGGUUGUUAAUUCACUUCACAGUUGGGAUAGGAUGAUUUCGAAUUCUGAUUUGUUUCCAAAGAAGAUAUAUCAGCAGAGUUGCUUGAUUUUGGACUCAAAGUUGCUUAAUAAUUUCCUGAUUGUCAAGAGCUCAUUGAAAGUUUCGACCGGAGACGUUAGUUCUUUGAAUAAGUUAAAAGAAAACGUGUGGCUUAAAAACUGGAAUCAAGUGUGUGCUAUCUAUUAUAACAGCUUCAUGAACAUUCCUGCUCCCAGUAUUCAAAAGAAGUACAAUGACAUAGAGUUUGUGGAUGACAUGAUUAAUUUGAGUCUAAUCAUCAUCAAGAUUAUGAAACUCAUUUUCUAUAACAAUGUCAAAGACAAUUAUGAGGAUGAAAAUGACUUCAAAUUGCAAGAGUUAAAUUUAACAUUUGACAAUUUUGAUGAGAAAAUAUCCUUGAAUUUGACAAUAUUAUUCGAUAUAUUUUUGAUGAUCUACAAGAUAAUUACCAAUUACGAGAAGUUUAUGAAGAUCAAACACAAGUUUAAUUACUACAAUUCUAAUUCGAAUAUAAGCUUCUUGCAUCAUUUCGAACUCUCCUCGGUUAUCAAUAACACCCAAAUGAACCAGAAUGAUUAUAUGAAAACAGAUAUUGAUGAAAAGCUUGAUCAGCUUUUCCACAUCUAUCAAACAUUUUUCCGGCUGUAUCUGGAUUUAGAAAAGUUUAUGAAGUUCAAAUUCAACUAUCAUGACUUUGAGACAGAGUUUUCAAGUCUCUCAAUAUCCAAUAUACUGAACACUCAUGCUGCUUCUAACAAUGACACAAAUGCUGCUGAUGCUAUGAAUGCCAAGGAUGAAAAAAUAUCUCCCACAACUUUGAAUAGCGUAUUACUUGCUGAUGAAGGAAAUGAAAAUUCCGGUCGUAAUAACGAUUCAGACCGCCUGUUCAUGCUGAACGAGCUAAUUAAUUUUGAAGUAGGUUUGAAAUUUCUCAAGAUAGGUGAGUCAUUUUUUGAUUUCUUGUAUGAGAAUAACUACAAGUUCAUCCACUUCAAAAACUUAAAUGACGGAAUGUUCCACAUCAGGAUAUACCUAGAAAACCGACUAGAUGGUGGUGUCUAG